GUUGUUUUAAAGGCGCUUGCUUCUUGUCUUUAAAAGGUCUCCCUCGCCGAACCAUUGUCGCCCCAGACCAUUGUCCUCCCACAAUCUGAUGCUACAUACAAACGUUUGUAUGUAGUUUAUUACAACACAUCCUUAGCGUACAAUGAACAACAGUGAAGCCAUGUGUGAGGUUAAGGAUCCGGCCAUCAAGCUCUUCGGCAAGAUCAUUGCGCUGCCCAAAUCUGAUUCUCCGGCGACUCUUCACCGGAAAUCCGAUGCGACUCCUCAGAUUCCGGUGACUUCCGAUCCAAAGAAUUGUGGAAAAGAAGAAAUAUCAUCUGUUUCUGAGAUUGACGAGCAGAAUCAAAUACACAACAAAGAUAAAACACCACUUGGGAUUAAGUUGAAGGUGGAUAAAACAGAGAUUACAGAUACUAGAGAAGAAAAACUUCUUAAAAAGCCGGACAAGAUCCUUCCAUGCCCUAGAUGCACUAGUUUAGAAACCAAGUUCUGUUACUUCAAUAACUAUAAUGUCAAUCAGCCUAGGCACUUCUGCCGAAAGUGCCAAAGAUAUUGGACGGAUGGUGGGAAUAUGAGGAAAGUUGCCGUAGGUGCAGGUCGUAGAAAAAAUAAACAAUUAGGAGCUCAAUAUUUGCAAGUACUGGCCCCUCGUGUUACAGUGCAGUGUGCGAUUGACAAAAACCCUGAUAUUGUUGAUCGUCAUGUCAUCCCAGGUAAUGAUUCUCUGAAGACUCUGGUAACUUCAGCCGAAAAUGAUAAAUUCCAUAAAUUCGAUUCUGAGAAACCACAAUGUGAAACCAUGGGAGUUCUUGCUACGAAGGAGUGGAUGACAUGUGCUAAUAAAAGUUCUAUUGAAGAGAUUAAGGAGGAGCAAUCUCAGUGUGGUUCAUCAUUGACAAGUGUUCAAGAUGAUGAGACACUUCAGAAGGUCUUUAGAGAUGAACAAGGUGGUUUGUCUGAGUCCUGUAAACUCUUAAUACCGCGACAACCCAUUCCAUGCUUCCCCACUCCCCAAGGGGGUUUUACUUGGAAUCCACGCUGGAACUCUACAUCUCCUAUGGUGGCGGCUCAGUUCUCCUCUGAACCAACUAUCCAUUCAAAUGACACCAAAACAGAUAAAAUGAACUGGUUUUCUGCACCAGUUAUGGCAGUUCCCGGCCUUUGUACGUCUACUACAAUGCAGUUUGUUCCUGCUGCAUAUUGGGGUUUGUCUUGUUGGCCCAUCCCCACAGGCAAUAUGCCAUUAGCUGAAUCUGGCACCAAUUGCCAAAUCACGGGCAAGCACCCAAGAGAUGAGGAUUUGAUAGAAGCCAAUAAAUCAAAGAAACAUGUUAUUGUUCCAAAGACGCUAAGAGUUGAUGAUUCAGGUGAAGCUUUGAAGAGCACCGUCUGGAAAACAUUAGGUAUUGAGCCUUCUGUUAAUGCAUCACUUAACAACAGAGCAAAGAGCAAUACUAAUUAAUCGAAAGCACCACCGGUAUUAAAAUCCAUUCCGCUGAAUCAUGUUCUUGGAAUUUGCCAUAUAUUUGGCUGAUUUGUAGAAAAGGCAGUAUACUUUGGAGGCUGUUCUCAAAUGUAUAUUUGAAAUUCAUAGCUGCUUGAAAAUGCUUAAAUUUUUGGCAUUCUUCUGAUCCGGGGAUUAGUAAGUUAUGUAUUUGUAUUAAAGAGGUGGAUUAGGGGUUGAUUAAGUAAUUAGCACUGCUUCCUAGUGUAUGAAUUUCUCACAUUCUUUAAGUUAAUUAUCAAAGAAAUUUUCAGUUAUC